ACAGCUUCCGGCGGGAGGGCGGGGCGGGACCGGCGGAGCCGCCUCCCCGGUGCGCGGCAGGAUGCGCCUGGCGUAGGCACCGCUGCACCGAUAGCCGCCGCGCCGGGCCGGACCGAACCCCGCUGGGCCGCGCUCCGCUCCCUCUUCUUCACUCCCGUCCCGGCCCUUCCGCCGGCCAACGCCGCGCCCUCCCGCCCCGCGAGGGCCUGCCCUCCGUCGGUCCUUCUCAUCGCCCCGGGGCUCCCCGUCCCCGCCGGCCGGGGGAGGCCCGGGGGCUGGGAGGCGGCGGCUCUCCUGGCGUGGGGCCGCCAGCGGUGCUCGGGGGCUCUGCGGCCGGCGGGGGCUCGCCGGUGCAUGGGCGGGGAGGCCCCGCCGCCGGCAGCCGCCGGCCGUGAGAUGAGCGGAGCGCGGGGCCCUGCCUAGAGCUGCUCCCGGGAGCCGCCGGCAGCCAUGGCAUCUGAAGAGGCCUCGCUACGGGCUUUGGAGAGUCUAAUGACAGAGUUCUUCCACAAUUGCACAACAAAUGAGCGGAAACGUGAGAUAGAGGAGCUUUUAAAUAACUUUGCCCAGCAGAUAGGAGCCUGGAGAUUCUGCCUCUAUUUCCUGUCAAGUACAAGAAAUGACUAUGUAAUGAUGUACAGUUUGACUGUGUUUGAGAAUCUAAUCAAUAAGAUGUGGCUUGGGGUCCCAUCUCAAGACAAAAUGGAGAUCCGCAGCUGCCUGCCCAAGCUCCUUCUAGCUCACCAUAAAACUCUGCCUUACUUCAUCAGGAACAAACUCUGCAAAGUAAUUGUGGAUAUUGGCCGGCAAGACUGGCCAAUGUUCUACCAUGAUUUUUUCACUAACAUCUUGCAGUUAAUUCAGUCUCCUGUGACCACUCCUCUGGGACUGAUCAUGUUGAAAACUACUUCGGAAGAACUGGCAUGUCCGCGGGAAGAUCUUAGCGUAGCCCGGAAAGAAGAGCUACGCAAGCUGCUCCUAGACCAGGUGCAAACAGUGCUUGGGCUCCUCACAGGUAUUUUGGAGAGCAUCUGGGACAAACACAGUGUUACUGCUGCCACUCCACCACCAUCCCCAACUUCAGGAGAAAGUGGUGACCUGUUAAGCAGCCUGUUGCAGAGUCCCAGUGCAGCCAAAUUAUUGAACCAGCCAAUCCCCAUCCUUGAUACGGAAAGUGAAUAUAUAUGUUCCCUGGCACUGGAGUGCCUGGCACACCUCUUCAGCUGGAUCCCUUUGUCUACCAGUAUAACCCCAUCACUCCUCACCACCAUUUUCCACUUUGCUCGCUUUGGCUGUGACACCCGUGUUCGGAAGAUGUCUUCUGUCAAUGGCAGCAGCCAGAACUCGGUGUUGGGACAGGAGCGUGGCCGACUUGGCGUCUUGGCUAUGUCUUGCAUCAAUGAACUGAUGUCUAAGAACUGCGUGCCUAUGGAGUUCGAAGAGUAUUUGCUACGGAUGUUCCAGCAAACUUUCUACCUCCUGCAGAAGAUUACCAAGGAGAACAAUGCCCAUACAGUGAAGAGCCGGCUAGAGGAACUAGAUGAAAGAGUACUGUGCUGGAGGAGACAGGCAGAAAGCUACAUUGAGAAGUUUACGGACUUUCUCCGCCUCUUUGUGAGUGUCCACCUACGAAGAAUUGAAUCCUACUCCCAGUUCCCCGUGGUUGAAUUUCUGGCACUGUUGUUCAAAUACACUUUUCAUCAGCCUACCCAUGAAGGUUACUUUUCUUGCUUAGACAUCUGGACUCUCUUCUUGGACUAUCUGACUAGCAAAAUUAAAAGUCGUCUGGCAGACAAAGAAGCAGUACUCAACAGGUACGAGGAUGCCUUAGUUCUGUUGCUGACAGAGGUGUUGAAUCGAAUCCAGUUCAGGUAUAACCAGGCGCAGCUGGAGGAGCUGGAUGACGAGACACUGGACGAUGAUCAGCAGACUGAGUGGCAGCGGUACUUGCGCCAGAGCUUGGAAGUGGUUGCAAAAGUCAUGGAGCUCUUGCCAACUCAUGCGUUCUCCACACUAUUCCCAGUUCUGCAGGAUAACUUGGAAGUAUAUCUGGGACUCCAGCAGUUUGUGGUCACUUCAGGGACAGGUCACAGGCUGAACAUCACUGCAGAGAAUGAUUGUCGCCGUUUGCACUGCUCCUUGAGGGACCUGAGCUCCUUGCUGCAGGCUGUUGGUCGUUUAGCAGAAUACUUCAUUGGUGACGUGUUUGCUGCCAGGUUCAAUGAUGCUCUUACAGUGGUGGAGAGGUUGGUAAAAGUAACGCUAUAUGGAUCACAGAUUAAACUGUACAACAUCGAAACUGCAGUACCAUCUGUAUUGAAACCUGACCUUAUUGAUGUCCACGCUCAGUCCCUGGCAGCGCUGCAAGCCUACGCGCACUGGCUCGCACAGUUCUACAGCGAAGUUCACCGGCAGAACCCGGACCAGUUCAUCUCUCUUGUCUCCACAGCUCUGGAGGCUAUCACACCACUCAUCAGCUCUAAGGUGCAGGAGAAGCUGCUGCUGUCUGCAUGCCACCUGCUAGUCUCUCUAGCCACGACAGUGCGACCAGUGUUCUUGAUCAGCAUCCCAGCAGUACAGAAGGUAUUCAACAGGAUCACGGACACUUCUGCUCAGCGGCUUCCUGAUAAGGCCCAGGUGUUGGUGUGCAGAGCACUGUCAAAUGUAUUGUUGCUCCCCUGGCCAAAUCUUCCAGAGAGUGAACAGCAGUGGGCAGUUCGCUCCACCAACCAUGCCAGCCUAGUCUCUGCCCUCACGAGAGAAUACCGUCAAUUAAAAUCCAGUGCCAUCUUGCCACAAAGGAAAGUGCAGCUGGAGGACACCAAGGUGAUCAUCCAUCAGACACUCAGCGUUUUAGAAGAUAUUGUAGAAAGUAUCUCUGGAGAAUCCACCAAGUCUCGACAGAUCUGUUAUCAGUCACUGCAAGAAUCCGUGCAGGUCUCACUAGCCCUCUUCCCAGCUUUCAUUCAUCAGUCAGAUGUGACAGAUGAGAUGCUGAGCUUCUUCCUCACUCUGUUUCAAGGACUGAGGGUGCAGAUGGGAGUGCCUUUCACAGAGCAGAUCAUACAGACCUUCCUAAACAUGUUCACCAGGGAGCAGUUGGCAGAGAGCAUCCUCCAUGAGGGCAGCACUGGCUGUCGGGUGGUGGAGAAGUUCCUGAAAAUACUGCAAGUGGUGGUACAAGAGCCAGGCCAAGUAUUCAAGCCUUUUCUGCCCAGCGUCAUCUCUCUGUGCAUGGAGCAGGUCUACCCAAUCAUUGCAGAGCGCUCAUCUCCUGAUGUGAAAGCAGAGUUAUUCGAGCUGCUAUUCCGGAUCCUCCACCAUAAUUGGCGGUACUUCUUCAAAUCUAGUGUGUUGGCUAGUGUUCAAAGAGGAGUAGCAGAAGAGCAGAUGGAGAACGAAGCACAGUUCAGUGCCAUUAUGCAGGCAUUUGGCCAGUCCUUCCUGCAACCUGACAUUCACCUGUUCAAGCAGAAUCUCUUCUACUUGGAGACGCUGAACACCAAGCAGAAGCUGUACCACAAGAAGAUCUUCCGGACAACCAUGCUGUUCCAGUUCGUGAACGUGCUACUUCAGGUGCUUGUCCACAAGUCGCAUGACCUGUUGCAGGAGGAGAUUGGCAUUGCCACCUACAAUAUGGCCUCAGUGGACUUUGAUGGCUUCUACUCAGCCUUUCUCCCUGAGUUCCUGGCUAAUUGUGAUGGUGUGGACUCCAACCAGAAAAACGUGCUGGGAAGGAAUUUCAAAAUGGACAGGGAUCUGCCAUCAUUUACCCAGAAUGUGCACAGACUGGUGAAUGACCUGCGUUACUACAGACUCUGCAAUGACAGUUUGCCCCCUGGAACUGUGAAACUAUAGUUACUGCACUGGACUCGUGUUUUGAUCACUGUAGAGAACGGAUCCAUGUUUCAUUUUGCCACCACCUUCUCUCCUCCCUGGUUUUGUCAGUACUGCAGGACGCAGUGUCUUGCACAUGGGCACAUCUUCUUGGAUUCAUGCACCACGCUUCCUUUUUUCCCCUCUCCCAACCCAAAGGCCCCCAGCUGGAGUCAGCACUGUCUGCAGGAUGUGUCUUAACACCCAACCGCAGGGCAUAUCAACUGUACAGAACAUCCUCUCAAUGGGGUGUUGUUCUACUAACGUAGCACUUUGUUGCAUCCUGAGGUUUCUGUGGAGUUGUCUUGAGAGAUCGUGUACGUAUCAAACGUGAGGCAGAAGCGCCAAAGACUACUUCGGACAUUCAUACCUUCGUGUCAUUCCACCUUCCUGCCCCUGCCCAGCUCUCAGAGGAGGAGUCUCGUGAUGUUGGGACUGUUUUGGCACUUCUGUCACUCCCUUUGUUUUUAAAUUGCCUUGAAAACCUCCCUGCUGUUUGUGGGGAAUAGAGACUUCUUGAGUUUUUUUAAACGUUUUCUCAUCAUUCCAUUGUGAUACUAAAACAACAUGCUUAAUGGAAAUAAAGUGCUUACUUUUGUUGUUUUAA